AUGAGCGAGUGGUGGGUCCAGGUGGGGCUGUUGGCUGUGCCCCUGCUUGCAGCCUAUCUGCCCAUCCCGCCCCCCCAACUUUCCCCUGCUCUUCACUCAUGGAAGUCAUCAGGCAAAUUUUUUACCUACAAGGGACUGCGUAUCUUCUACCAAGACUCUGUGGGUGUGGUUGGAAGUCCAGAGAUAGUUGUGCUUUUACACAGCUUUCCAACAUCCAGCUAUGACUGGUACAAGAUUUGGGAAGGUCUGACCCUCAGGUUUCAUCGAGUGAUUGCCCUUGAUUUCCUAGGCUUUGGCUUCAGUGACAAACCGAGACCACAUCACUAUUCCAUAUUCGAGCAGGCCAGCAUCGUGGAAGCUCUUUUGCGGCAUCUGGGGCUCCAGAACCAUAGGAUCAACCUGUUGUCUCACGACUAUGGGGAUAUUGUUGCUCAGGAGCUGCUCUAUAGGUUCAAGCAGAAUCGAUCUGGUCGGCUUACCAUCAGGAGUCUCUGUCUGUCGAAUGGAGGUAUAUUUCCUGAGACUCACCGUCCUCUCCUUCUCCAAAAGCUUCUCAAAGAUGGAGGCAUGCUGUCACCCAUCCUCACGCGACUGAUGAACUUCGUAUUCUCUCGAGGUCUCACCCCAGUCUUUGGGCCAUACACCCGACCCUCUGAGAGUGAACUGUGGGACAUGUGGGCAGGGAUACGCAACAAUGACGGGAACUUGGUUAUUGACAGUCUCUUGCAGUACAUCAGUCAAAGGAAAAAGUUUAGAAGACGCUGGGUGGGAGCUCUUGCCUCUGUAUCUAUUCCCAUUCAUCUUAUCUAUGGGCCACUGGAUCCAGUGAAUCCCUAUCCAGAGUUUUUGGAGCUGUACAGGGAAACGCUGCCGCGGUCCACAGUGUCGAUUCUGGAUGACCACAUUAGCCACCAUCCACAGCUAGGGGAUCCCAUGGGCUUCUUGAAUGCAUAUAUGGGCUUCAUCAACUCCUUCUGA